UCCUGCCCUAAUCUACUUAAGGAAGAGAGCGGAAUGUCCAUCUCGUUUCAGCAGGGAGUGAGGAACGGGCUGCGUCUGCACCUAUGUUCAGUACCGUAUUGUAACAAUUCGUGCAGUAAUGAAAAAUGAACACGUGCGUCGUUCUGGGGAGAUAACACUUUGCAAGAAAAUCUAGGUUUAUGUGUCGACUUCAGUUGCAUUAUUAAAGACAAGAUUUUUUUUUUGCUUUGGUGAACUUUUGUAUUGGAUACUAACGAUACUAGUGUAUAUAUGCAUACUCCCCCUUUUCAAUCUCAAAUCAGUCGGCCUUUCGGGAACAGUGGUAUGGCUAAUGUAGCCCACAUGGAUCUAGGGUUUUUGCUUUUUGUUGGACUAACAACUGCUUUGGCAAAAGGUUCCGCGGCUCUUAACAAGGAAGCGAUCCGGGAAAACGGACUUGAAGCGCUGCAACUGGAUAUCCUGUCAACUCGCCCUACUGUGGAACUAAGCAUCCCCUCCAGGGCCAUUAAGAGCGCGGAUGCUGUUUGUCCGGACUGCGAAGCGUCAAAGCCGCGAAGGAGGCAGAGGCGCUGUACGUGUUACACUUACAAAGACAAGGAGUGCGUGUAUUACUGUCACCUGGACAUCAUCUGGAUCAACACGCCAGAGCGCACAGUGCCCUACGGCAUGUCCAACUACCGCAGCCCGCAACGCAUGCGCCGCUCCCCUGGAGGAUUGCCAACAGACCCGGGAGCUGCACGGUUUCCACGCUGUGCAUGCACCUCCCAGAGUGACCCGGAAUGCGGUCGAUUCUGCAUGGCACGUUGAGGAUCUUCAUAACGACAUGGACAAGAGCACCAAGAAAAUAUUGUCGAUCAUACUUCCUUCGCCUUUUCUGGAAUCUUCCUCAUCCAGUGUUCUGACUGACUAGUCCAUGGGUGGGGGAUUUUUUUAAAGGAUUCAGACUUGAAACCCCCCACAUGCUCCUUCGACUGGCUGAAAUGAGCCUCACAGAGGAUCAGAUGAACCUUAAACCAAGGUUGACCCUAAGUGGCAGACCGGCACAGAUGCUCAUUGUGGGAAGGUCAGGUUCUUCAUGCUGCUUGCUACCAAUGGAGGGCGGAAGAGUGUGGAAUGUGUGAGCAUCCAAGCCGCGCAGAACAGAUGUGACUGCACAUUUAUCUGAAGAUCAGCUGAAAAAAAAUCAGACUUUUUUAUGUAGAUACUAUAAGCCUCUUUCGUUAGAGUGGCUUCUAUCAUCCAUAACGGCAGGAUAAAGUAAUUGCAAACAACGGAAGGACAGCGAAACUGUUAAUUUUUUAUUUACUCUGCAGCAUCAUUAAAAACUCUAAACAUUAUUCUGUUCUGUGUGCCCACAGUAUCUAUAUUUACAAUUUUAUUCUUGUAUAUGUGUUCAUGACAUAGGCUACAUUAAAACAUAAUGUCAGACUUAUAUAGGUUAUAUAUAUCUAACUCUGAAGGGAAUUUCUUGUUUACAUUGAAGAAAACAAACAAUAGAUGUCACGCCUGGGUUGUUUUAACGUGAGAUGGAGUUUGGGAGGCAGGCAACAUAAAAUACUUUGUAUGGUUCCAACCAUGCUCAGAAAAACAUUGUGUGGCUGCAGCCAUCAACUCCCAACUCUGAAAUUCUGACGUGACCCCAGAAUUAUAUUUAAAAUAAAAAAUACAGGUAAAGUAAUUUACCUCUGUAAAAAUGAUGUGCAUGCUAAUUUUUUUAACUUGUUUUGUGAAGUAAUAUUUAUUGUUUUAUUACGUGGAAUACAUAAAUAUAUAAUAUUGUACAUUUGGUAGUUUGUGUUUACUGUGCCAAUAAAUUUUUUUUUUCUAACACUAUGUUUUAGAAGAAUACACUUAAAUAUUCUUCCAUCAUUCUAUACUUAUGCACCCAGCAAACAAUAACUACAGCAUAGCUAAUAUUACAGUUUAGAUUAAGAUCUGGCAAAAUACAAAGUAAGAUAUUAAAAAUUAUACAGUAACAUAAUACUAUAAAAAUACAGUAUUUCUAGUGCUAACAAAAGUACUUGUUUUCAAAGUAGAGAAUAAUGUAAUGUUUAUGAGCACGAUACUAGGUAAUUACCUCACUUUGGUGGUUACUUUUGGACAAGUGAUCCUGUUCUUCAGGAUGCUACUGCAAGAAAAUGCUAAGACUGAUAUUAUUGUUAUCAUCAUGGGUACUUUAUAAUUCUGUCAGAAUUAUUAGGUCACCCAUUAGUUCAGUACAUGCCAUUAGAUGGAUGGAUGGAUGGAUGGAUGGAUGGACAACGGGUGGGUGGAUGGAUGGAUGGGUGGAUGGAUGGACGGACGGACGGACGACGGGUGGAUGGAUAGAUUGAUGGGUGGGUGGAUGGAUGGAUGGAUUCCUUUUCAGAUAAUCCACAGACUUCCUGAUUUGAUUUUUGGAAAACUGUAAAUGGAUAUUUCUCCAUUUCCUCAAACACACUGGGACAUGUGGGGCUCACCUUACAGCUGUCUGCCAUACUAAAGGUCCACACAGGUAGUGACAGAAGCGGGGCUGUGACUUUCCUGCCUGUUAUUGCGUAACGCUGACAGCCCGCGGAUCUUAAGGAAAUUACAAACCUACAGCAUCACCCUAGUGCCCAUUUCUGGUCAAACAUCGACCUACAAUGUAGUGUAGCUCUUUCAGCUGUGCGUGACAACACAUUCUACCCAUUACCUCACAGUAUUAUUGUGCUUUUGAUAUACGUUUCAGCUCUAACAUUAUCUAUAUACAUCCUUUUAAUCACUUGUGACGACUUGUGUUUUUGUAUUGAUUUCAGCUACCUUGUUGCAUUAUAGCUACUGAAUGUCAGGUGUAGCACAGCUCGUCAUUCAGGUCCACAGGCAUGUCAUCAUGUCAUCCCUAUUUCCAUGCAAGGUUGUCUGAAUAUCAGCUCCAUUUACUUCCUGAAAACAGAAAUUGACUUUUGUGGCGUUUUUCAGAUUGUAAUUUAAAGGAAAAUGUUUAUUUGUUUUUUUCCUACUUGGGCACAGUAUUUUAUAAAGAAAUGUGAAUGUAAAAAUUAUUAUUAUUAUUAUUAUUCUUUUAUAUUAAAACAUAUUUAAAUGAAUAAAACACAAUCAGUAAUUAUACCUAUCAAACACUAAGAUUUAUUGUAUUGGUGGAUACAAUGUUCACACACACAUCCAUACUAAAACUACGUGUUACUAAUGUAUCAGUGCAGUCAAGUUGGAAAGCAUCAAAAUAUUAAUCAAUUUCAUUCUUCACUUAGAAUCAUAAUCCUUUGCUAUAAUUAUAUUUAAAACUGGACUUUUUUUAAAUCUGGCGUUGUUCCCAUGUCUUUCUGCAAGAGACUUUCCAAAAGUAAGUUGCAUUUCCCUAAAAACAGGACCUUUAUGUUGUUCAUUUUCUCCAUUUUACGGCAGUAGGUCCUGGUGCAGUCCAGGGUACAGUGUCUCAGUAUGCUAACCAGGACUGAUUCACAUGAAUGAAAUCCGCAUUGUUCAAGUAGCUGUUCAAAAUCUCACGAUCUUUCAUGCAAACAUACAACAAAAUGCAAAUAAUUCCUGGUUUUCUGUGUUUCACUCUGUACUUAUUUUUCAAAUCACUGAUAGUUAAUAAUUUAAGAGAAUUGGAGUUCAAAUGUUGCAUUAUAAUGCAUUCUGGUGCAUUUCUGCUUAACUGUGACUGUUUAGGGCAGUGGAAAAUGUGACAGGCAAAAUGUAUUGUACUUGGUAAUGUAAAAAAAUGACAUGUAACGUUUUUAAGAAUGUAAAUUUCUGAAUGAAUAGAUUCUUUCGGGAACUAUGGAUGCUGCUCUGGUGAAAGGUCUUCAGUGUAAAUGUUUAAAUGGGAAUGAAUGUGUUGAGCUGAUUCCUGCCCAAGGUCUUUGUUUUCUUUUUUUCACAGAUUUUCACAGAAGUACAUUUAAAAACAAAUAAUAUAUAAAGUUAAUGAGCCUGUCAGUCUGGUCCAGUGACAUAUUAAGCCAACUGAUUGUAAAAGUGCAUAAAAUAACCCCUUAAAUACGAAAUAUUAAUUGCCCCUCACCCAUCUGUGUUUUAUGUCAUACAUAGUAAUGUUCAAACGUUUCAUGUCUCCAGUUAUAUUGUAUAAAUGUAUAUAUAUACGAAUAAACUACGAAACAACCAUUCA